AUGCGUAAGACUUAUUUCGUUAUAGAAUGGGGAGAAUACGACAAUCGACAACACCUCUUCAAUAUUUACGCGUUAGCCGUCGACAUGGACAUAUCAGAAUCUUCAGGUUACAGAGAUUUCGAAUGGGCAAUUGAACUAAACCGUCUGAGCUUAGAAUUGGUCGGCAUAUGGCCUAAACCUGAUGGAAUUGUUAAAAGAAGACUUGGUCCUGACAUUCGUGUGGGUUUCUCUUUUAUUAUGAUAGUAUUUGUCUCUGGUAUUCCUCUUUUACAUGCACUUAUGCGAGUUUGGGGUGACAUGCCGCUAAUGAUAGAUAAUUUACGUGUUACUUUACCCAUGUUUGGGGUUUCAUUAGAACUUCUAAUUAUGCGAUGGAAACAACCAGUUCUCUCAUCCAUCGUAAACAUGAUAGCGGAGGAUUGGUUGACGUUGAAAUUAAGCGCUCAGAGAGACAUAAUGAUAAAGCACGCUCGGAUCAGUCGACUAAUUAUAAUUUGUGGAUCCGUUAUAUUUGUCUCGGUAUACAUUUUAGUUGUCGUUUUGCCUUAUUUCAAUCUACCAGUCAGACAUUUAACGAAUCUCACGGAUCGAAAGAAACCAUUGCCGCUGCAAACUUAUUAUGUCUACGAUACUGAUAAAAGUUUACAGUUUCAAUUGACGUUUCUUGCUCAAGCCAUAGCGGUCCUUAUAACAAUAGUAAUUCACCUUGGAGUAAAUACAUUUUUGGGAUUCCUGAUCUUUCAUAUCUGCGGACAGUUGGAGAACUUCAAGUAUCAAUUAUUUAAUUUGGUCUCGUGCAAAGACUUCAAUAGAGCUCUGAGUAGUAGCAUAGUAACCCAUUUGCGUCUUAUGAGGUAA